GAGACCCAUUUCAACCACGUGCUUAUUGGUAAUUAGAUGUCAUUCUGUGCUGUCAUUUUGAACGAUGACGUCAUUGUUUAAUCAGAUCCUGUAUAAAUAAAAAAAAUGUUUUUCUGAUGUUGUUAACAGUCUCGUGACUUAAAUUAGACUUAAAUAGUCUUUAUAGUCAACUCGCGGAUUGGUUGAACACUUUUAUUUUUGUUUCGCACAGCACGAUAUAACGGACGUGAACCAGAUAUUCAAGGAGCUCGGGCAGAUGAUCCACGACCAGGGUACGGUGGUGGAGUCCAUAGAGGCCAGUGUGGAGCACACCGCCUCUAACGUAGAGAGCGCUACCAUGGAGUUACGGCAAGCGGCCACAUACAAGAAUAAACUCAGGAAGAAAAAGGUGUACAUAGCGAUAAUAUUGGCCAUCAUCAUCUGCAUCAUCCUGAUCAUCGUGUUCAACCACUGAUGAAGACCUCUCAUCAUCAUCACCAGCAACGCGACCCCACGGUAUUAAUGUGUAUAUAAGAAGUUAUCGCUUAACGUGAAGCAUUAUCAUAUGUAAUACUAAAAUAUGAGCUUCUUUCUGGUUCAGUUUUAUACAAAAUUCAGAUGCAAUUUUUAUAUAUUAUAAUGAAUUAGAAGAAUGGUCACGAAAUAGCUUAAUCAAAUCAAAUGUGACUGUGCCUUGUUGAUUUUUAGAGAUUACGAUUGUACUCAGCUGCAGACAUUUUUGAAGCUACUCUUAAUCUAAAUAAUGAGACUUGUAACCAACGCUUUAAUGAUUCAUUUGAAUAAUUCUGCAGCCGGCUAUAUGUCUGUUUAUAUUUUUAUUUCUAUUUAAGAUGAUGAAGAAAUAUAAUAAGAUAAUGUAUGUAUAUAUGAUUUCCAACCUUUAGGAAAGUGUAAUAAAUUAUUAAUAAUAUUACAUGGUCUCUGUGAAUAUAAUAGCUACAAAGAUAACAUGAGGUUAACAAGUUUGUUAGUAGCAUUAGAUUGUAUAAAAUAAUGUUUAGACGUAAUAUUUUGCGGUCUCCGUUAAUACCGGCGAAACAAGCAUUCGAUAUGAAACAUUCGCAGUUCAUAUUAGACUAUCCAGAAGGCAGAGUAAUCAUUGCCUAAAAACAACUACUAGAUUCAAUAUCUAACAAUAAGAGUUAAUCGUAAGAGGUUAAUUUAAACAUUCAACGAUCGUUAAGAGUUUCGCGCCGCUCCAAAAGGUGUCGCUAGUGAUGUAUAAUACCUUUGGUGACUUUCACAUACUGAAAUUUCAAGUCUCAGAAAGCCCUUGCACUUUUUUGUAACGAGCUCUCCGUCUAAAAGUCAAAUUUAUAUUGUUACUGAAAUAACUUUUCAAAUGUCACUAUUUCGAUGAUAAAUUAUAAGCGAGGCGAAUGCAAUCCCUGGUUAUAUAUAUAUAUAUAUAUAUAUAUAUAUAUAUAUAAAUAACAUCGAUGUACCUACGCAGCAGAAAGAAGGAAGGCGCGAAACAUUUUUAGUCUAUCAUAAGUUUUGCUAUAGGUUGAAGCGUGCGUGCACGCAUUAAUGAAUGUCUUAGAUCUUAAUUUAACGCAUUAAAGUCUAUAUUUCAAGUGGAUUGGUAUAUUCUAUCGGCUUUGGGUUGCUCUUAGUUUUCCUUAUAAAAAUGAUACUACUGUAAGAGAUCUAUUCUAAGUU